AUGAAUCAAGUAAUAUUGACAAAAAAAUUAACAAAAAAAUAUACAAACUUCCAUCAAACUUCUAUCCAAGCGGUCUUAAAUUUUCUUGAAACACAAAAAAAAACUAGUUCAGCUCCAUCUUUAAGUAUUUGUCAAGUUGCUUUAAAAUAUGAAGUUGCCGAACAAACACUAUGUGAUGCUAUAGCUAAAGGUUCACUAAAAUAUCCAGGUUCUUCUAUAUUACUUAUAGCUGAAGAAGAAAAUGAGUUAGUAGGGUAUUGUUUAAAUAUGCAAAGUCUAGGGUUUAAACUAACUAAAGAGGCCAUUAAUACAAUAGUUGUUCAAAUGCUUGCUACAAAAAAUAAAAAAAAUUUAACUAAAAAUGGGCCUACUGCUAAAGCCAAUCCGAUUGUUAUUCAAAAUCAUUUUGCAACACUUGAAAAACUUAUUUAUGAAAACUGUCUUACACCUGACAGAAUUUGGAACAUAGAUGAAAGCAGGUUUAAUAUCUUUGCACAGUUAGCAAAAGUAAUAGUUCAAAAAGGCAUUCAGCAAAUUCACAAAACUGCAGCUGGAAACUCAAAAGAGCAUAUAUCUAUUUGCUCUACUAUUUUAGCAGCUGAAAUGUAUAUUCUCCCAUUACUUAUUUACAAAGGUGUUAAAGUAAAUAAAGGUUUAUUAAUAAGUGUAUUAGUUCUACCAGGUACCAUCACUGCAUUUACUAAAACUGGAUAUAUGCACAAAGAUAUUUUUAGAAUGUAUAUAAAGCACUUUAGUAAUUCAAUUUUCCCUACUCACUCUGUCUUGCUUAUACUUGAUAGAGCUACUAUUUUUGGUGAAGCAUUUCAUGAAAUAUAUACACCAAACGUGAUUAGACAUGCAUUCAUUGCAACUGGCAUUUGGCCUCUGAAUUCUGAUGUAAUUAACUCUGAAUGUUUAAUGCUUUUAUUAGCAAUGUUUCAAUCAGUUAUUUCUUCUCCAAAACCAACUCAUGAAUGCAAUACAAGAAAUAAUAGACUUAUACAGCUUGAAAAUAAAAAUAAAGAAUUGAGCGAAUAUAUUCAACAAUUAGAGCAUCCUAGGACAACUUCUUUGGCUUCGAUUAUGAAGUAUCCAUAA